AUGACUGCUGGUACGCUCGUGCAGAAUCCGCCCGCGGAGACGCCACCGCCGUGCAUGAACCUCCUGGACGCCGACGAGUUCCGGCUUCGGGGUCACCAGGUUAUAAACUUGAUCGCUGACUACUGGUGCCGCAUGGGAGACUACCCAGUGCGUCCCAAUGUGACCCCCGGUUUCCUUCGAGACGAGCUCCCCACCAACGCGCCGCCCAUGGCCGAGCCCGACGCCUGGGACUCCGCGCUGCAGGACAUCCGCGACCUCAUCCUGCCGGGAAUGACGCACUGGCAGAGCCCUCGCCAUUUCGCUCAUUUCCCUGCGUCGAGCAGCACCGCCGGUGCCCUAGGCGAGGCGCUGAUCGCCGGCAUCAACGUCGUGCCGUUCACGUGGGCCGCCUCGCCGGCCGCCGCGGAGCUCGAGAUGGUGGUUGUCGACUGGCUCGGCAAGGCUCUCCACCUGCCGGAGAGCCUUCUGUUCGCCGGAGGCGGCGGAGGCACGCUGCUGGGAACCUCCUGCGAGGCCAUACUCUGCACCCUCGUUGCCGCUAGGGACCGGAAGCUCGCGGAGGUUGGCUGGAGAAGCAUCGGCGACCUCGUCGUGUACUGCUCCGACCAGACGCACUUCUCGUUCCGUAAGGCCGCGCGUAUCGCCGGAAUCCAGCGCGGCCACGUCCGCGAGAUCCCGACAUCACUUCACGACAUGUUCGCGCUUUCGCCAGCGGCUCUGAAGGCCGCCAUGCAGGCGGACGUGGACGCCGGGCUGAUCCCCCUCUUCCUCUGCGCCACGGUGGGCACCACCCAGACCACCGCCGUCGACCCCAUCCGCGGGCUGUGCGCCGUCGCGGCGACCCACGGCGUGUGGGUCCACGUCGACGCGGCCUACGCCGGCUCGGCGCUGGUCUGCCCGGAAUUCUGCCACGUGGUCGACGGCGUGGAGGCGGUGGACUCCUUCAGCAUGAACGCGCACAAGUGGCUGCUGGCCAACAACGACUGCUGCGCGCUGUGGGUGAAGAAGCCGGCGGCGCUGGUGGCGGCGCUAGGCACGGAGCAGGAGUACAUCCUCAAGGACGCGGGGGCGGAGGGGCACGACGUGGUCGACUACAAGGACUGGACCAUGACGCUCACCCGCCGCUUCCGUGCGCUCAAGCUCUGGCUCGUGCUCCGCUGCUACGGCGUCGAGGGCCUCCGCGGCCACAUCCGCUCCCACGUCCGCAUGGCCGCCACCUUCGAGGAGCUCGUAAGAGACGACGCUAGGUUUGAGGUGGUCACUGACAGGCAUUUCGCGCUCGUGUGUUUCCGUCUUCUCUCCACUGACAGGCUAGGCGGCGAGAAAAAGGUCAACGAGCUCAACCGCAGGCUCCUCGAGGAGGUGAACGCGGCCACCUUGGGCCCCUACAUGAGCGCCGCCAAUGCGGGUGGCAUAUACAUGCUCCGGUGCGCCGUUGGGAGCACGCUAACGGAGGAGCGCCAUGUCCGGGAAGCCUGGAAGGUCGUCCAGGAGCAGGCCACGUCGCUCCUCCGUAAAAUGCAAACUGUAAGAGUGUAA